CAACAACAGCCUGCCCCGACCCGAACCAUCCCGCGCUGCUGCGGGAACAUGAGCCAGCCCCUGACUUCACUCGGAUGCUCUAUAUAAGUCCAGGAAAACAACAGGCGCUCGCAGAGCUCACGGGCUGGAUUUAAUCAAAGUCGGGAACGACCUGGGAGGGAUUUCAGCGAGGGAGCACCGCAGUUAUGUCACAGCCAGCCCCUGUGAAAAAGAAGCGUCCUCCAGUGAAGGAAGAAGACCUCAAAGGAGCCAGAGGAAACCUUGCCAAAAACCAGGAAAUUAAAUCUAAGACCUACCAAGUGAUGAGGCAGUGUGAACAAAUGGGCUCUGCAGCACCUUCCAUAUUCAGCGGGGCUCGGACAGGGGGUGAAACAGUCUUUGAGAAACCAAAGGAUGAGCCAGCCAAGAGCGUCUUUGGCUGACGGUGACCUGGACAUGACUCACCAAAAUGAUUGUUGUAACAUUUUUCAAAUUUUCUCUUCCUUGCACUAAAGUAGACUCAAGUAGCUAAUUUCUACUGUAAGUCCUUAAGUAGUGAAUAUACUCAUGUCAAAGAGUAAAAUUCCAUGUUCAUUUUUAUUACAUGCUUUCUUUCUAUAUAUUGGAUAAUGUUUGCUAUAAUUGUUUAAUAAAAAAGGUUGUUGGACUCA